CCCUCUAUUUUGCGGAAGUGGUUUAGUCCGCCCACAUGGUUCCUGACCGAACGCUGAGGAGUUUCGUCCCUAAAGUAAUUUCUUCAGCUUUCGGCUUCAAUUCUUAAAAUUACAUCGAUAUAAAUAACUGAGAAGGUUCAGGACAGCAAUAUGGCAACCCCAGAAGUUCGUCCUUCUUCGAAUAAUGAAGAAUCUAAGCUACAUUUCCGAAUGAUAAAUGAGCAACAAGUGGAUGAUAUCUGCAUUCACUUCUUCUACAAACCACACACCAUCAGCCUUCUGACAGUUACCUUGCUCAGUCUGAUGUACUUUGCCUUCACCAGGGACGAUGGAAAUCAAGACAAUAACAUCCGUGUUGGUGUGUUAGUGGUUGUUUGUUUCUUCAUGGUUGUCAGCGUACUGGCUUUUCCAAAUGGACCCUUUACAAGACCUCACCCUGCAAUAUGGAGAAUGGUGUUUGGUGAGAGUCAGAAUAUUUUCUUCAGAUACAAAUCAUUUUUAUUUCUUGAUUCUCACCAGAUUCUCUUGUCUUUGAUAGGUCUCAGUGUGCUCUACUUCCUGUUUCUUGUCUUUCUCCUCUUCCUCAAUUGGGAACAAGUGAAGACUCUGAUGUAUUGGGUGGAUCCAAAUCUGCGCUUUGCCAAACGGGAAGUUGACACAAUGGAAUAUGCUACAAACUGUUCUGACAUAACAUGGAAUCGCAUCAUGAGCCAAGUGGACAUCUUUGUAUUCGCCCACUUCGCAGGAUGGGCUAUGAAGGCUAUGCUGAUGCGCAGCUACCUCCUCUGCUGGACAAUCAGCAUCACCUGGGAACUCACUGAGCUCUUCUUCAUGCACCUCCUGCCAAACUUUGCAGAGUGCUGGUGGGACCAGUUGAUUCUGGAUAUCUUGUUGUGUAACGGAGGAGGAAUCUGGCUGGGGAUGACAGCCUGUCGUUCCCUGGAGAUGAGGAUUUAUCGCUGGGCCAGCAUCAAAAAAAUCCACUCGACCACGGGGAAGAUAAAGCGAGCCGUGCUUCAGUUUACACCGGCCAGCUGGACUUUUGUGCGCUGGCUUGAUCCAAAUUCCUCCUUCCAGAGACUGGCAGGAAUCUACCUCUUUAUGAUCUUAUGGCAGCUGACAGAGUUGAACGCGUUUUUCCUGAAGCACAUCUUCGUCUUCCCGGUCUCUCACCCUUUCACCUGGUGUCGCAUCGUGCUAAUUGGAGUUAUCACUGCGCCCACAGUGCGGCAGUAUUACGCAUACCUGACAGACACUCAGUGUAAGCGGGUUGGUACGCAGUGCUGGGUAUUUGGGGCCAUUGCAUUCCUGGAAGCUCUCGUUUGUGUGAAAUUUGGUAUUGAUUUGUUUUCCCAGACUGAAAUUUGGUAUGUGGCUCUCUGGUUCCUUUGCAUGGCAUUCAUCACACUCCUGUGUCUGUACGGCAUGGUUUGGUUUGAACAAAAUAAGAGAAAGAGCACAUUUUUACAAGAUGAGGACAGAGAUGUUUCUAACUCGUGUUCCUCGAGCCUUGAUGGAAGCACAGAGCAGAGCGAUUCAUUGGUACUUUCAGAGCCUACAAGACGGAGGAAGGGUCUUGCUAUGAACAGAGUUGUGAGCAGCGAAGAGGAAAAGGAACAAUGAACAACAAGCAUUAAAAUAUAGAUUUUUUAUUUUUUGAAUGCCUGGUUUUAUAAGUCACUGAAAACCAAAAAAAACUGUGGUAAAGAUGCCAGUUAAAAAUUCUAAUAUGUUUGAGAGCCAGAAACAAAAUGUUUGUGAACCUGCGUGAUUAUAGUUUGGGAUGUUAAAAUAUGAACAAAAAAACAACAGGAUCCACUGGACUGUUCUACCAUCAGCACGAUGUUUCACAGCAGCAUGCGUCUUAAAUUUUGCACUCCUGUCCAAUUUGCAUUGUAUAAUAUUUAACAUUUUGUAAGAUACUAAAAUUAGUCAAGUAGAUUAUUCUAGCAAAAUGUUGUUUUUCUUUGCCAAACUGAAUUUUGCACUUGCAUUUGAGACAGUUAAUCAGGUUUUAAGCGAUUUUCUUCAAUGGAAGCUGCACUUUUAAGUUUUUGUUUACUCACUACAGGUCAGACUAAGCUACUUUUACUAAAGCCAAUAAGCUCAGUGUGUUUUAUUGUGACUAACGUUGUACAAUUUGUCAAAAUGUGGUAUCUUUGACAUCUAAAAGAGCAGCAGAAGGUAACGGCUUGAAUGGAGAAAUGUAUGUUGUUUAUAACAAAAGGUAGGCUUUGAGUUAUUCACAUUGUUAGUUUUUCAUGUUGUAAAAUGCAUUUACUGCACAAAAUGUCCAAAGCACUGACAUACUUGAGCCCCUUGAACACUUAUGUUGUCUUAAAGUGAAAUAACACUUUAUGUAAUAAAAAUUGUAUUGACAGAUGCAUUGUAAACAUGAUGCACCAUGAGGUGAUGUGAAUGUUUCUAUCCUGCUUUUUCUACACAGUUUAAUGAUCACGUGGAAUAAAUUUCUUCUUUUGUGAAUCAUGAAAA